ACGUCCGUGUUGGAUGCAUGAAAACACACAGAAGCACGUUUCUACGCUUUGAUCCAACUGGCUGCAGGAUCCACAGCUGGAUGAAAUCGACCGUGAUCCGGAAAGCCUCCCAUCUGCUCACAUGUGCCACGUGGCGGGACAGAACCCACACGACUUGCUCUGAUCCAGCUUUGUCUCCAAAAGGCCGACCGUUUCACAGUCGAUCCGCGUCGAGGGUCCAGUUCGCAUGAACACGGUUCAGUGAAAGGUGGGACGUUUGUGGAAGCAAACCUCCACAAACCACUGGAAAAGAAAUGAGUGGACGGGUUUCUGUAGGAAAGGACUCUACGGCCGAACCACUGGUGUCAUCAGAACCAUUUGUCCUUGAGACGGAACCAACGAGCGUCGUCUCUUGCUCCAAACCAAACCAAACCAAACAGCUGUUAGUCUGAGCUGUGAGGGAUUAACAACGUUACAUAAGAGGAAAUGAAAGCGGGCAUGUUGUGUUCAGUCCCGACCCGCGCUCGGCCUCUUCCAGUCCAGACUCCUCUCUGGCUGAGUGCUGAGUGUGUGUCAGAACAAAGCGCUGGCUUCAGCACAGAGAUGAUGUGGGUCCGUCGGUGCCAGACGGUCCCGACAGCUCCAUCCAAUCUAACAGAACCCCACUUCCUGUUCCUGCUUCGUUGGCCUGAAGGUCCGGAGACAGGAAUACGCCUUGGUUCUGCUCCGCCCCAUUGGACGAGGGACACCAGCCAGGUCCGGUUGGGUCGGUACUGAUGAGGUCACGGUGUGUGGGGACCUUCAGCCAUAUGUUGCAUAAAGCAGUGAAAGUCCUAAUCCUCGCUGCAGCAUUAUGCAACGACGCAGUUCUGCCCAGUUUGAGCAAAGCCUCAAAAGGUUCUGUUCGCUCUGUGCAGCUUCUUAUUAUCUGAUAUUGACAAACUCACACAGUCUUUUAUUUUCAUUUGCUUCCAUCUCUUUAUUUUACCACUCUGAGGCUUCGUCUGAGCCGCAGUAAUCCAGCAUUAGUGGCUUUAGGAUGAGGUUGUGUCAUCGCAUCCACCUGCAGAACAAUCAAUGCACCAUGUGAUGUGAAGCAUCUGUUCUCCUCAGUUCAAUGAAUAGAAGCAGAUGCAGCACAGCAUCAACGUCUUCGUAGCAUGUUCGUGUUCACACAUUCUCAAAUGUUUUUUAUUGCAGGUCUGAAUAUUUAUCAUUCUAGUUCGAGACAUUUCAAAUGUGAGCUUGCCUCAGUUGUCGCUGUCUGUGGUGCUGAUUCUGGAUCCUCCACGGACUCUCCUCGUGGGGGGGGGAGGGGCGACAGGGAAUCCCUGCAAGCGCUUACAAAUAUCGCGUUGCUGCCGCCGCUGCGUCCAGUUUCACAUCAAGUUCAGGCGGAGCAGCGGCGACUGGAUGACUGAACCCGUACAGACCCAACGACGUGGUUCUGGAGAUGAGCCCGAGUGGGGCUCACGCGGAUGCUAACGGGACCGGACAGGCUCUUUCUUCCGAGGAGCAGCAGCGCGUGAACUGAUCGUGAACCGCGCGUCGAGCGCUUCGUCCUCUGGAACCGGAGGUGCAGAGGAGCUCGCUUCUUCCGGACUCGGUGAGGGCAGACUCGGUUCGGGCCUGUGCUCGCUCGACCCGAUGUCAGGGAUGCUCCGAGCGCAGCCCGCGGCGUCGCCAGCAUGACGGCGGAGACGCGGGUCCGAGGUGAGAGAGAACCGCUUCACGGGAGUGUUUUUCCGGGGACUUCGACGUGACGCCGGGCUCCCUCUGCGCCGGGACGCUGCUCAGGACGCGCACCAACACGGGCCCGGAGGUCGUGGAGUGAGCCCCCCCCCCGCUGGGAGCCCAGCCCCGCCCGCCCCGCAUCGCGCCAUGGACGACUCGGGCAUCAUCCGGCGCCGGAGGCUGCAGAAGGAUCUUCCACUGCCUCGUAAAAGCAGCAGCUGUCGUACAAGCAACAGGAAGAGUCUGAUUCUGAGCAGCACCUCCCCCACGCUGCCUCGCCCACACUCCCCCCUGCCCCUCCCCGGACACCUCGGAAGCAGCCCUCUGGACAGCCCACGAAACUUCUCCCCCAGUAACCCAGCACACUUCUCCUUCGCAUCCUCCAGAAGAGCGGACGGGCGCCGCUGGUCUCUGGCUUCGCUGCCGUCGUCUGGAUAUGGAACCAACACUCCCAGCUCCACGUCGUCCAGCUCCUCUCAGGAGCGCCUGCACCAGCUGCCCUUCCAGCCCACCGUGGACGAGCUCCACUUCUUGUCCAAGCACUUCGGCAGCCCUGAGAGCAUCACGGACGACGACGGCGGCCGAAGCUCCCCCCACAUGCGGCCGCGCUCCCGCAGCCUCAGCCCCGGACGCUCCUCCGCCUGCUACGACAACGAGAUAGUCAUGAUGAACCAUGUGUAUAAGGAGCGAUUUCCAAAGGCCACGGCGCAGAUGGAGGAGAAGCUGGCCGACUUCAUCCAGGCCUACUCUCCUGAGAGCGUCCUGCCGCUGGCCGACGGCGUGCUCAGCUUCAUCCACCACCAGAUAGCAGAGCUGUCCAGAGACUGCCUGGCCAAAGCCCGCGACGGCCUCAUCACCUCUGUCUACUUCUUUGAGCUGCAGGAGAACCUGGAGAAGCUGCUCCGGGAGGCCUUCGAGCGCUCAGAGAGCACUGAGGUGGCCUUUGUCACAGAGCUGGUGAAGAGGCUGCUCAUCAUCAUCUCCCGACCUGCCAGACUUCUGGAGUGUCUGGAGUUUAACCCUGAGGAGUUUUACCAUCUGCUGGAGGCGGCGGAGGACCACGCCAAGGAGGGACAUCUGGUCAAAACAGACAUUCCUCGUUACAUCAUCAGCCAGCUGGGGCUGACCAGGGACCCCAUCGAAGAGAUGGUGAACAUCGACAGCUGCGACAGCGAGGCGCUGACGCCAGAAACAGACGACUCCACAGAGGGUAAGAUUCGAGCCAUCAAACCUCCAGGAGAAGCAGACUUUCAGACCAUCAAGCUGAUCAGUAAUGGAGCCUACGGAGCCGUGUACCUGGUGCGUCACCUAGAGACACGACAGCGUUUCGCCAUGAAGAAGAUCAACAAGCAGAACCUGACCCUGAGGAACCAGAUCCAGCAGGCCUUCGUGGAACGAGACAUCCUCACCUUCGCAGAGAACCCGUUCGUGGUCUCCAUGUUCUGCUCCUUCGAGACGCGCCGUCACCUCUGCAUGGUCCUGGAGUACGUGGAAGGUGGGGACUGUGCCACGCUGCUGAAGAACAUCGGGCCGCUGCCGGUGGAGAUGGCUCGUCUGUACUUCGCUGAGACGGUCCUGGCUCUGGAGUACUUACACAACUACGGCAUCGUGCACCGCGACCUCAAGCCUGACAACCUCCUGAUUACCUCCAUGGGCCACAUCAAGCUGACCGACUUCGGCCUGUCUAAGAUGGGCCUGAUGAGUCUGACCACCAACCUGUACGAAGGACACAUAGAGAAGGACACUCGGGAGUUCUUGGAUAAACAGGUGUGUGGGACUCCAGAGUACAUUGCUCCAGAGGUGAUUCUGCGUCAGGGCUAUGGGAAGCCUGUGGACUGGUGGGCGAUGGGCAUCAUCCUCUACGAGUUCCUGGUGGGCUGUGUUCCGUUCUUUGGAGACACUCCAGAGGAGCUCUUCGGGCAGGUGAUCACAGACGACAUCGUUUGGCCAGAAGGAGACGAAGCUCUGCCCAUUGAUGCCCAGCACCUGAUCUCCUUGCUGCUGCAGACCAACCCACUGGUCCGACUGGGCACAGGGGGUGCCUUUGAAGUGAAGCAGCACGCCUUCUUCACAGAGGUGGACUGGAACAGCCUGCUGAGACAGAAGGCAGAGUUCAUCCCUCACCUGGAGUCAGAGGAAGACACCAGUUAUUUUGACAGUCGAUCCGAGCGCUACCAUCACGUGAACUCAUACGACGAGGACGAUACCAACGAUGACGAGCCCGUGGAGAUUCAUCGCUUCUCAUCCUGCUCCCCUCGCUUUAGCAAGGUGUACAGCAGCAUGGAGCAUCUGUCCCAGCUGGAGCAUAAGCCUCACACCGUGACUCUGCGGGAGCACAAGGUCCCCAGGGAGGACCGGGUGGCCAAGAGAGAAAGCCUGGGAAGCGUCACCCUCAGAGACAAGACCUGGAGGACCGGAUCACCUGAGAUGAAGCGUUUGUCCUGCUCCGAGUCUUCCUUCACUGAGAGCGAUUCCAGCCCGCCAUCCGGGACCCGCAGACGCUUCUCAGCCCUCAUGGAAACUCACCGCUUGGCCUCGCCGCUGGACGCCGACUCUGAGCUGCCAGGAUCCAGCAGGCAGGCUCCAGUGAAGACAAGAGGGGCUUCGCUGGAAGGAGCCACGGGCCCCGGCUGUGCUGAUCAGAGAGCACAUCCCAAGGAGAGCAACGGCCUCACAGCUGGAGACAAGCUGCUGAGACCUGCUGAUGCCUCCUUGCCUCUUCCAGGCAGUGCUGCUGUUCUGGGGUUCCCCGACCCACACGGGCUCCGCGGGGCCACCACGGACCUGGUGCUGAGGAGGGUUCGCCACCAGCAGCUCACCGCUGAAGGAGAGAGACGCGGCUCACGGCCCGGAGGCAAAGUCAUUAAAUCGGCCUCUGCUACGGCGCUGUCCGUCAUGAUUCCUGCAGUGGAGCAGCAUGGUGCCUCCCCUCUGGCGAGCCCCAUGUCUCCUCGCUCCCUCUCGUCCAACCCGUCCUCACGUGACUCCUCCCCCAGCCGAGACUACUCCCCCGUGGUCAACGUCCAGCAGUCGCCCAUCACCAUCCACCGCUCUGGGAAGAAGUACGGCUUCACGCUGCGAGCCAUCAGGGUCUACAUGGGAGACAGUGACGUCUACAGCGUGCACCACAUGGUCUGGCACGUGGAGGACGGAGGUCCGGCCCAUGAGGCCGGACUCGCUGCUGGAGACCUCAUCACUCAUGUGAACGGGGAGUCGGUCCACGGUCUGGUCCAUACAGAGGUGGUGGAGCUGAUUCUGAAGAGCGGGAACAAGGUGACAGUCACCACUACGCCCUUUGAGAACACCUCCAUCAAACUCGGUCCAGCCCGCAAGUCCAGCUACAAGUCCAAGAUGGCACGACGCAGCAAGAGGACUGGACCCAAGGAGGGGCAGGAUAAGAAACGCAGCUCGCUGUUCAGGAAAAUCACCAAACAGUCCAACCUGCUCCACACCAGCCGGAGCCUGUCCUCGCUGAACCGCUCCCUGUCGUCCGGCGACAGCCUUCCGGGCUCCCCCACCCACAGCCUGUCGGCCCGCUCGCCCACUCAGACCUACCGCACGGCGCUGGAGUCCCCUUAUCUGGGCACCUCCUCCCAGAGCAGCUCCCCAGCGUCCAGCACCCCCAACUCCCCAGCGGCCUCGCACCACAUGAGGCCCAGCUCCCUGCAUGGCCUGUCUCCCAAGCUGCACCGCCAGUACCGCUCCGCACGCUGCAAGUCAGCCGGCAACAUCCCCCUGUCGCCGCUGGCCCACACUCCGUCCCCCACCACCUCCUCGCCUCCACCUCUCAGCGGUCACACGGUCGGGAGCUCUAACACCACGCAGACGUUCCCCGCCAAGCUGCACUCCUCGCCCCCCGUCGCCCGCCCGCGCCCCAAGAGCGCCGAGCCGCCCAGGUCCCCGCUGCUGCAGCGGGUGCAGUCGGCGGAGAAGCUGGGAGCGCCCGUUCUGCCCUCCUCUUCCUCCUCUUCCUCCUCACCUUCUCCCCUGGGCGUGUCGUUGCGCAAGCACAGCCUGGAGGUGACGCACGGCGACUACAGGAGAGAGUCCUUUCACUGUGAGCACAGCCUGCAGAGCCUCCUGGAGAUAGAGGGAGAGAACGGACCUGUCCCGCCUUCGCCUUCAUCGUCUUCCUCUCCGUCUCCUCCAAUGGGAGGGGAGGUCGGAGGCCUGAAGCCUGCGAGGAAGCUGGGGAGGCAGGAGUCGCCUCUCAGCCGCGACACGCUGCUCACAGCAAGAGACAAAGAGCUGCAGGGUGAAGCUGAAACAGCUCCUGGCUCUAGUAAGACGUUCUCCAGUGCUGCAGUGGAGGAGCCUGGUCCAGCACUGGUUUCCUCCGCCACAGAGACCAAACCCAGUCCCGGGGAUGCCAUCGCCCCCAAAUCCGAGCCAGCGGCCUCCAAGAGCUCAGCAACAGGCUCCGCAAAGGGGCCAGAACAAGCAGAGAGGAACCAGCAGAGUCCUCAAGAGAGAGGUGAGGACAAAGUGAAAGGCUCUGCAGAUGCAGACAAGGCUAACCUGCCGAAAGCGUCGUCCAAGGUGCGUAAAGCCCCAGAGACGGCGGAGAAAGACUCGAGUGGCAGCGAAAAAGCAAUGGAGACCAGCAAAGCCAAAGGACCCACCUCCCUGGGUCCCACCCAGGUUCAGACCCACACGCUUCCUGCUUCCAGAUCCAAAGCAGAGAAAGCAACAAGCCUGCGCCGUGGGUCCAAGGAGGACAAGGCACACCUGGAGGUCCUGGAGGAGAACCCAACCUCGCCCUCCUCCAAGUCUCGUUCCAUGUCUCCGGGUGACAAGUCCAGCUUCGUCACCCAGCUCACCAGUGUGGCCAAAACGGUGCUGGGGCCGAUAAAAGGGGCAUCACAGGAGGGGCCCCGGUCCAAAGAUGCCUCCAAAGCCAGUGAGCGCAGCCACUCAGGAGGAAAAGCAGAGUCUUUGAACGGUUUGGGACGUCUGGGGGGGGGGACGGCAGCAAGCACUCAGUCCGAUAAAGGAACCGCUCGGGGCAAGCAUCAUUCAUGAUAUAAGCGCUUCAGAUAGAGCCGGACUCUCCCGUGGAAAGUCUUCUACUAGCAUCACUCUGACAUAUCAUGAGUCCAAGAGACGAACACACGAUCAAAGGUGGACACAGAUUCAGCUUCAGGUCUGGCAUCAAAAUGUGUCUGUUGUACAUAGUUAAAGUGUAUGUCUUAAUGCAUGUCUACCACCAAACGUGGAAAAUCCAAGAGUUGUUAAAAGGAGCAGGACCUCACGGUAGUGAACACUGUGACAGCAACAAACGGGCAUUAGCACGGAGCAUAAAGCGUUUCCUUAACGUCCAGUCAGGUCAGUGUCAGGUCAGGAGUCACCAUAACUGGAACUGGACCAAACCACCAAAAAGCUUGAAUCACUUGGGUCAGAACUGUUGAAGGGCUGAGUUCAGUGUGAGCGAAGGUUGAACUUGCACUGGGACAUUAUGAAAUAUUUAGCCGUCCCCAAUAAACGUUUACAUUGUGGUGUGGACAGGAAGACGACCUGAGUCUCCAGUGGGCAGCGUGCAGGUUCUCCCUGUUUGGUGAAGUCGGACCAGCGGUUCCCAAACUGCAAAGCUUCAAUUCAGCAAGUCCUGUUGGCAACAUAAAAAACACACUAAACUUGUGUUGUGUUACUAUUAGUGAGGAUUAAGCAGUUACAAACUCAAUCACUUCAAAUCAAACAUAAAGGAGAAAAUGUGCAGAGUUUCUCUAAAGUCCCACGUAAACGUGUGUCAGGUCCUGUUUGAGUCACGAGCUGAAAACAUCAGCGUUCAGUUCACGCGUCUUUGACUUUACUGUGCUUUGUUUCCGACUUGAAGCACUUUGCCUCCAUCUGAUCUAACCUGCUGCUCUGUCCUCAGACCUGCUCACAGGAACCUGCAGGCUGGGAACCGCUGCUGCCCAGAACCAUAGGGGCAGAAAAGGCUCCUCCAUCCAUUCUGUUCUGUGUGUACGUACAGUGUAUUGUUGUGUGUGUGUGUGUGUGUGUGUGUGUGUGUGUGUGUGUGUGUGUGUGUGUGUGUGUGUGUGUGUGUGUGUGUGUGUGUGUGUGUGUGUGUGUGUGUGUGUGUGUGUGUGUGUGUGUGUGUGUGUGUGUGUGUGUGUGUGUGAAGUACACGUCAUGCUUUUAUUUAAACAGACUUUGUUUUGUAGUAGUACCUAAAUGUAACAUAAUAUGCAAUCCAUCAGUGCCCAGAUCCACGACCCUAAGCGCUGUCAGCCCGGAGCAGAUGUGCUGAGUGUCCUAGUGCUGGUUUCCAGGCUCAGAUCUGAGACCCGAGGAGGAGAGAUAAGUAGCGUAGCGUUAAUAAGACGACAGGCGUUGCUGCCUGUGCUCGUUUCCUUCCAUAAGUUAGAAAUCAGACGUGUAACUGUUCUGUUGUUUGGACUGUAGACUCUAGGAGUUUGUGUGUAUUGUGGGAAAAUUGCACUUUAAUUUGUGUCAAAUACUUUUAUUACUAUUACUAUUUAUUUGACGAUUUUUUUAUGUGUUGUAUUCAUUACAGUUUUCUAUUUAUUCCAUGUUUGGGCAUCGCCUUUUUAUUCAGGUCCAUGCUGUCGUUCCUGGAGGUUUAAUGUUGUGUCACGUCCUUGUUUGACUUUUUUAUAACAACUGUCUGACUGUUGUUGUUUGUGCUGUUGAUCCAUAUUUACCAAACACUGUUGUGACAAACCAAUGCAAAAAAGCCUAGAGUACAGAAAUGUAAUAAAACACAGAGAACCCC